AGCUUCUCAUAUUCCCCUCACAGGUCAUUUAAGGACAUUUUGGCACACAGCCGAAUCGGAAACGAACGCGUUUACGGCCCUUUGCGCUGAUUGUCCGACAGCCUGCCCCUUUCUGAGGCCACAGUGAUUGACUGACUCUGAAAUGCAGUUUGUUGUGGCAUUCAAAUGGGCCGUUUUUCAUAAACUGCUAAUAUUUUUAGAUCUCCCAAAAGUCGCCGCGGAAUGACGUCAAGACGUAUUACAUUGAAUGAUGACGCUGUUUGAUCAUUACACAAAAAAAAAAAAAAAAAAAAAAAAAAAAAUCAGCCGUUAAAAUAUUUGAGAAAUAGGUCAUCAAACAACGCAGCUCCGAGCGGCCCUUUUUAUGAACAGCAAAGACGAGCCGUCUUUUAGCCGUGUGAACUUUUAUGAGGAGCCGCUUCUGGUGGGAGAUAACCUGCUCGGACCAGGAGAGAGAUGUCUGGUGGUUCCAGCAUCAGAAGACGGUUAUAGUCGUUGGAGCGGUCCGUCUGUCUCGACUGGGGUUUUAUUUAUUUUCGGGAGAUCCAGCUGCUUCAGUAACUAACGCAGACGCCGCUGCUCCUCCCCCGGCCAGGUUGAAUGGUUAGCCUGCGGAGAGAGCAACACCGACGGAUACCAACAAGGAGCACCUGGAGGCAGCUCUUCCGAGACCUCGGAAAUCACUCCUCGCUUCGCCUCUCCAGCCGGGUAGCAACACAUUUUCACAUUACUGUAGUUCUUAGAAACAGGAUUCCAAGAAUCCAGCACAUCAGCUCACUGACCUGCAAUAUGUGAACCUCGACAGCUCUGCCACAGCACAAGUACAAGUCACUUUGAAUCGAAGAUGUCAAGCCGUCGGAAAUCCACCACACCUUGCAUGGUGCUGCCCUUGGAUGUGGUGGAGCAGGACGCCGUACAGGAGAAGACAGAAAGAACACAGGAGGAAGAGACGGGGGGUAAGGAGGAGGAGGAAAGGAAGGGGAAGGAGGGAACAGAGGAGCUUGGUCAGGCUGUGCCAGUUGUUCCCACUCCACCAGAUGCAGAUGAAGCCCGUGUCUCCGGCAUUGAAGAUCUCAAAGUCAUCGACUCCUCACAGAAAUCAAGAUCGAAAGACUCACUGGAGGAUCCGAGUGGUGAUCAGACAAUCCAGGAACCCCAGAGCGACUCCCAUGCGGACGGAGGAGCUGACUCGGCUGCAGCUUCAGGCAUCUCCCUCAGCAAGACUCCUAUCAUGAGGAUGAAGACCAAAUCUGAACCCAAGAAAAUUGCAGUUUCCCUCAAAUCCGCAGAUGAAGCGGCAGGUGAGGGUUUGGGAGGAGGAAGUGAGGGGGAGCUGGGUGGAGAGCAGGAGCCCAUCGAAGCUCCGCUCGGACCAGUGACGCCUGUGGAGAUGCUGCUGCAGGACUCCAUGAAGUUUGGGGGAGGUGGCUUUCUGUUCAGCCCACCAUCAGAGCAGCAGAGAAAAUCUUCCAUUUUAAAUCCCACAGUUCUGCCCGCUGGUCUGGCACAGGUGCUUUCAGCCCUCCAGGCCCAGCAGAGUGCAGCAGCAGCGGCCUCACAGCCCCAGCUGCUGAUUCCCCUGAGCAGCAUCCCCUCCUACAGUGCAGCUAUGGACUCCAACCCCCUUCUGAUCAGCACAUAUAGGAAGUUUCCUUACCCAUCUUUGGCAGAAAUAGGAAGCCUGGCAACACAGACACAGUUCACAGAAGAGCAGAUCAAGGUGUGGUUCUCAGCCCAGCGUCUGAAGCACGGCGUCAGCUGGACCCCAGAGGAAGUGGAGGAGGCUAGGAGGAAACAGUUUAAUGGAACUGUGCACACAGUGCCUCAAACCAUCACUGUCAUUCCCGCACACCAGCUGUCAGCUGCUGCAAACGGCCUGCAGUCCAUCCUACAGACCUGUCAGAUUGUGGGCCAGCCUGGCCUUGUGUUUACACAGGUUGGUCCAGGUGGGAAACUUCCAGUGACUAGUCCAAUCACAUUGACUAUGGCAGGAUUGGCCAGUCAGUCUCAGAACUUCAGCCGAGUUUCCUGUCAGUCCACGCCAACAAACAGUGAGCUAAAACGGGCUACCACGGUCCAGCCUCCCUCUCUGUCUCCGCAGGAGAACUCAGCCCUCAGUGCUGACUCUUUCAGUCUGCGACCUAAGAAAUCCAAAGAGCAGCUGGCAGAGCUGAAAGCCAGCUACCUAAAAAACCACUUCGCCUCAGACGCGGAAAUCGCCCGGCUGAUGAAACUCACCAAUUUGACAAAGGGUGAGAUCAAAAAGUGGUUCAGUGACACUCGCUACAACCAGCGCAACUCCAAGAACAGCCAUGUGAUUGUUUUCCACGACGGUGGGGGCAGAGGGGGAAGCAGCUCUAGCAGUGCUGCAAACACCCCCAUUGUUAUUGACUCCAGUGACGAGACCCCCACAUCCCCUCAUCCUCCAAACACUUCCCCCGUGAAGGAGAAGGAAAAAGAGAAGGAGACCCGAGUCAAAACCUGGAAUCCUUUCCCAGACUUCACUUUGCAAAAGUUUAAGGAGAAGACUCCCGAGCAGCUAGUGGUGCUGGAGGAGAGCUUUGAGAAGAGCUGUAUGCCAUCAGAUGAAGAACUGAGUCGUCUGAGGACAGAAACCAAACUGACUCGAAGGGAGAUUGAUGCCUGGUUCAACGAGAGGCGAAAAGUCCCACCUGUGAGUACGUCGUCCCUGGAGUCGUGUGAGGGAGGGAAAGUUGAAAUGGAAAACUCAAAGGCUGAGGAAGUAGGCGUACUCGUAGGUUCAAGCACUUCUCCUCCAUCUGCCUCCUCAUCUGGGAAGGGAAGUCAAACUCCUCCAGGGGGUCGCAGUAAGCAGCUGUCCAGCAGCAGCAAGAAAGACCUGAAAGAAAAAAGCAAAAAGACUCCAGAGCAGCUCCACAUUCUAAAAAGUGCCUUCGUGGGGACGCAGUGGCCGACACCGGAGGAGUACGAUCAGCUGGCGGAAGAGAGCGGCCUUCCUCGCCAUUACAUCGUCAGCUGGUUUGGGGAUUCUCGGUACUCCUGGAAAAACGGAAACUUGAAAUGGUUCUUUCAGUACCAAAGUGGCAACGUUGAGGCACCAAACGAUGUAGGCGGCAGUAAAACGGGAGGCAGCGGAGGUCGGAAAAGACGCGGUCGAAAUCGCGGCUGGGGCCGAUCCAAAACCAGGAAGCAGCCAAAGAGGUCCUCCUCCUCCUCCAGUGCAGAUGUCAAAAGAUCCCCACCAUCAAAGAAAUUCAAGACUGGGCGGGAAAUCCUGAAGGAGUACUACCUGAAGCACCACUUCCUCAGUGAGCAAGAUUUGGAUGAGCUGGUCACCAAGACCAGCAUGAGCUACGAACAGGUGAGGGAGUGGUUUGCUGAAGUUCAGCGACGGUUGGACUUGGGGUUAGACCCCUUCCUGGAGCCAGCAGCAGGGAGAGCAGGUGGGGACAAAGCAGAUGAAGAAGAGACACAUGGAGAGAGAUCGACGAACACAGAGGUGCAGGCUGACCCAGGGUUGGAAGAUGAGGACGACAAUGAAGACGACAAUGAGGUCGACGGUGAUGAUACGGACGACAGUGAGGUUUGGGAGCCAUCACGUAGCGUCAGGAAAAGUUUGUCCCUUUCCGAAGACUAAAGAUUGAAAUUUGAUCUGAAAAUUGAGUGAGUUAGGUCAAUACUGGUUAAUUAGAUAUAUUAAGCUUUCUUUGUAUGCUUGUUUGUUUGCCACUGAUGUGCAUGAACAACUACUCUUUCACUCUUUCUCAAACUCUCUUGAAUCAAGUGCACAUGAAACUAAUACACAGAUUACUAGCUUUAACUCAAUCUUUGAAGAAAAAGUUUAGGUUGAGAUCAAACUGUGGCAGAUGUCAUAAAGCAGCUGCCGCAAAACAAUAAUGUGUUUAAACUGAGCUGAGAAUGAAAACUCCCCCAAUAUAUUAUUCAUAAAUCAUCCAAUUGACAUAAAAGUUAACUUUUUUUUAGGGAAUCGUCAGUUUCCUCCAAGUUCCUUAAAGUGAAAGUAAAGCAUAAACUAGCUGGCUAGGAAUCCUGACAUGGAUAAGGGAUUUAAAAUGGAUGGAAAACCUACCUUCCCCUGAAUUCAAAUAUCAGUUUUUGCGUGACUCUGAUAGUCAUGUUUAAAGACUCUCCGCAAUCAGAAUGAGAAAAACUUUAUUGCCAAGUAGUGUUUCACACGUACGAGGAAUUUUCUUUGGUGGUAAGGUGCUAUACAUCGACAAACAUACGGCUGACAAAUUGUAAUAUAACCAUAUUCUUUACCUAAAAGCUGACAUUUCAGUAUUACAUUUAUAGUUCAGUCUGCUUUGCAAGUUGGUGCUAGAAAACUGAGUGACUGCUGAGAAUCGUAACGACAAAAACUAGGAAUCUAAAUGUGGGAUUGAUUUAGGAUAUUUAUUCUAGUGUCUGAAAUGGAUUUAAAACAGCAGUUUGUUUGUGCUCACUAGGAGAUGUAAAGACAUUUCAGUCUGAGAGUGAGGCCUAACUUGGCAAUAAAUGAGUAGCCAGGUACUGCAUAAAUGCUGAUGCUAAGAUGAUUUUAAUAAUACAGAAUGUUUUCCCAUUAUACUGCCUUACUGCUUCAUUAACAUUAGAGAUUUUUAACUGAACAUCUGCAAGUUUUGACGGUGGAGAUGCCACACUGUGUGUGUGAAUUGAACUGCUGAUGAGGUUUUUUAACUCCUUUUUCAUCUUUUGAUAACAAAUAUUACCUGUGCUGUUUUGAUUCUUUGAGAGACAGAUACAGACACUAAAUCUGGGGUGUCAAAGUUAGAAGUGGUGCCUCCCAUGCAGACAGCGAUAUGUGGCUGGAGAGACUGUAGCCAAAACAAUGCCCACUGUGAGGUAUAAAUCCACUGAAAUCAUGAAAAGAAUGUUCUUCAUUGGUGGUGGAUCUGACCGCGGAUCCAGUAAGGAUUUAAAAAGGACGAAACGAUCAUCCUGCCACGGUUCUAAUUAGAAGAAAAUCACUGACACAAGAUGCGUAAACCGUUGUGUCCUGACUAGGGCUGAAACAUUUAAUCGGAUUAAUCAAUUAUUAAAAUAAUUGUCAACUAAUUUAGUGAUCGAAAAAUCAUUAAAUGGAGUAUAUAGACUCUAAAACAUGACAUUUGCUGAAAGAAUAACCCACCCAGAGCAGCAUUUAAGCCCAAACUGAACCAAAAAUAUGUACAUUUUCCAUUUAAGAUGAAAAAUCUUCUUUGUCUGUAAAUAUGCUCUAUCCAGGACUCAAGUGGCUUAGUUUUAGCUUUACCUGAUUCAAAACAAAUCUCGUAUGAAGCACCUUUUGACAUUCGAUUAAUAAAUCGGUUAAUCGAAUAAAUAGUCAACUGAUUUAUCGAUUGACAAAAUAAUCAUUAGUUGCAGCCCUGAUCCUGACCCACACUGUAAGAAAAAAAAGUUUGAUAGCAUUUCAAAUUACAAUCUGAACGUUUUCUGCACUGAAGAAAAAACCUAAAGCACUUAAACUCAUCUUUAAAAGUUUGCACCUUUUCCACUUGAUUAGGCACCUUAAGUCUCAUAUUACACCAUGAAAUGGCUCUGAGAGACCAAACCUGUUUUUUAAGACUAACCAGUAUUUUGCCUUUUAUAUUCCUGCUGUUUUCACAGGAAAGAGUAUAAUCAGAGUAGUGAUUUUUCUAUUUAUAUACCACGUGUUUUUAAAGAGCUGAACAUUUGUAACGGCUCAAAAAAAGAACAAUCAUGCACCAUUUUUUCUGCACUAAAGUUGAAAUUAGCUCUAUGUUUUGAUAAACUGUCAAUUUGACAAAGCUUAAAAGUUGUUUUUGUUGACUCUGCUGCUUUAAACGAUGGGGCCUGUCUCCCAUCUUUUCUUAUCGCUCCAUGCACCUCUUAAUGACUCCUUAUGGCUUUUAUCGAAUCCUUUUUGUCAAAUCAAUGACUAGACUCUUGAUGUGCACCUCCCAGCAGUCAGCAGUGUUCUGUUGGGUUCCCUUUCAUCACAGACUGACACCAGGAACCAAAAGACUCAAAAGUAAAGCGGACAGUCUCAGCUGUGAGAAAGAACGGCCUCCCCUUUUCUGUGGGAAAUCUACUAAACGAUGCCCGUUUGUUUUUUUCACAUUUUACUACUAUAAAAAAAAAAAAAAGGUAUGAUGAUCUAAAAACUGUCCCAGCUACUGUUCUUCGCUGAUCGGAGAAAGGCUCUGAUGACGCUUUGUCGGUAAACCUUCGUGCCUACAUGGCUCCUACACUUGUUUGAACUCAAGUUCACAAACUCUUUAAUGUGAAUAUCAGAAACCUUCUUAAAGAAGUUUUGUUCAAACUAAAUAAUGGUCAAACUCUGCUUUCCUCUGACAUUUGAACAUGACCAGAAACUAAAACUGACUUCAGAAAGUCAUGUUUUAAGUCUUUUGAUGAAGCUAAUUGUAUUUUGUCAACUAACACUUGUCACAACCAGAUCCUUGACAGCAUUUCUAUGAUCAUCUUUUAAACAGACUUUGUCUGUUGGCUGUAAUUUAUCUUGGUUUUAGGAACUGACAGAGAGCUAAAAUCUUUAUGCAUUUUGUUGUUGAGUGACAAGUGCCUGUCCACGAGAAGAAUAACCUGUAAUGUUAAAGUGUGCUUUGUCUUAUGUUGCAUGCAAUAACCAGAACAAACAUCUCAUGUUGUACAUAUAAAAGGUAAGGUUGGUGUACUUGGGACAGUCUGAUCGGGACGAAACGUUGGUGUUUUUAAUGACACCCAAUUCAUUUUUCUCACUAGGUUGACUUCAGCAAAGGGUUCAUUUUCAUGAUCAUUACUCUAACUCUAGAGAUAUUUGUUCAAGGUCAAAUCUAACUGAUGUCAUGAACACUCAAAAAUACUAAAGGAUACAUUUCCACUGUUGCCCUGAUCCAUUUCCCCCCAGAACCUAAAUUCCAGGGACCUUUUAAUGUCCUUUGGCUGGUUCUUGAGUGCGUUUCCAGGAUGAAGUGUAAAAUCGUUCUGUUAAUGGAAAUUAUGCUGAGAGGCUCACUCCUCCUGGCUUAGGAGUACUGCUGCUUUGUAAGACUGGACAUCUUCCUUGGGUGUUAUUCUGUUAAUAAAUGUCCAGAGGAAAUGCUUAUUAAUGUUUGCAAACAACAAUCAAACUCAAUAACUGUGAAGUGUAAUUCAAUUGAAAAAUACUUCAUUAAUCCCAAAGGGACAUACAUUUUUUAGCACCUCAACUGUCCAAGUUUCUUCAAAGAGUCAUUACUGAUUGUAAUGCAGGAUAAACUCCUCUAAUGUAGAGGACUCUAUCCUGGAUAGGCCUCCAGCAGAAGCCCUGUUUUGCUACAAUCUCGUGAAGAGGAUGCUCAGAGUUCUCUGUAAUGUUCUUUGUGCAGAGGAUGCUUCAUCUCUGGAGGCUUCAGAUCAGUCUCCAGGACAGAGCCAGCCUUCUUUAUCAACUUGUUGAGCUUUAAGUCAGUGGGUCUGAUGCUGCUGCCCCAGCAGAUGAUGGCAGAAGAGAUCACACAGAUGUUUAUGCUCCUUCACAAUCUCCACCAUUUUUGAUAACUGAUCGUUUUUUACAUUCCUGUUUCUCCUGAAAUCCACAGUCAUCCCCUUUUUUGUUAGCGUUCAGGCUGAGAUGAUUUUUUCUACACCAUGCCACACAGCGAUGCACCAGGUCUCUGUACUCUGCUUCUUGUCCAUCUCUGAUAAACCCGUGUACAGAGUAAAAAGAAAUGGUGAGAGUACAGUCCCCUGUGCAGCUGAUCACCUGGUCAAACACUCAACCCUUCAGUCUCACAAACUGUGGUCUGUUUCUCAGGUAGUCAUGGAUCCAUGCGAUUGUUGAGGCAUUCGCUGGUUUCGUCUGGAGUUUCUGACAUAGCAGAAACGACUGAAUCGUGUUCAAUGCACUGGAAAAACCAGACCAACAGCAUUCACCUUUAGAUUGUUUCAUAGAGGUUACAGCCUAAAGUCCCUCCUAACUUUGUGAAAAUGUUUAAAUGGACUUUAAUUGAAUUGCACAGCUUCCAAUUGGUCUUAUUUCCACCAAUUUAGUUGGAGAGAGGAAAUAAGACUACCAUUUCAAAAAUAGGAAGCCAUGAUUUUUCAGUUAGUUACUCUUUACAACUUAUGUAAAUUCACUCUAAACUCUAUGGAAAGGUGCAGCUGUAAGAAAAGUUACAUAGAUUUUGCACUCGCAAACAUACGUGUUUGCUUACUUUUGUGGCAGAUAUCAGAGACAGCUGCAGGGUUGCAAUCCAUUGUGCUGCCAUAACUUGUGAACAUUUCUUUCAAAGCAGUUACUUUCUGAAAAACAAGUAAAAUCACUUCAAACUCUAUAGAAAUUUGUAACAUGUUCAAAAUCUUAACAUUUUAAUAAUCAGUGCAAACUUCUGUAGCAGAACCUGCAUGUCUGUUUUUUCACAACUUGCUGUUUAUUAACAUAAACGCUGUAAGACCUUAACUUUACCAGUUUAAAUGCCUAAGAUGUGGCUUUCAUGAGAGCUCUCUCUAAACCCAAAUAUCAACAGCUUCUGUCUCCAAGCGCCACAUUUGGGAUUAAUAAAGUAUUUUUGAAUUGAAUUGAAAUUGAAUUGUUAUGUGACUUGACAAUGGUUCUGAAUAAACACAAAAGUACUACCUCUCUACCAGGGCAGUUUGUGGAGGAAAUCUCUUGUCUGAUAGUGUGUUUUCAUCCUGGUUCGCUCAGUGGAAACAGCAGAAGUAAAAGCUUGAUCCUAGAAAACUACCCUGGUCACUGGAAAAGGAAAACGUCACUGGUCCUGCAGUGAGAACGUGCUAUGAAAUACAGUUUACAGUUUAUGUCAUCACACACUUGGAAAUGCUUCCAUUUCAUGUUCAUACAGAGAGUGGUUUAGUCCACAGGUUAGACCUCCUGUUCCCAGGUAUCCAACCCUCAGUGUUUUACUGUGUGCUCUUUCUUUUCAUAAUAAACUGUUCUGAGUGGCUGUGUAUGUUUCUGUAAAUAGAAAAUGCUGUCAUCACAUCACUAUUGACAUACAGUGAAGAGAUGUUCAACAAGCAGACUCCUGCAGCACUACGUUUGUCCAGGUGCCAUAUUUGUUCACUGAGUUGUGAUUCUGUGCCCAACCCUCAUCAUGUAUCCCAAUUAAAUCUGUGCUGAUGAUCUAAGAGCAAAAACAUUGUGAUCUGACUUGUUUACCUGCUGUGUCAUAUCUGUACCCCUUACUGUACUUCUGCUGUACUUUUCACUUGUUUUAUUUAGACAGCUUUAUGGUGAAACGAUCCUCACAGCAAUCAGAUUAAUCUUUAGACACACCGGGUCCAUCUUGUCUGAGGGUCAACAAUGUACAAAGUAAAAUUUCUUUAAAAAAAUG